GCAAACAAACAGGGACAGCGGAUUUGCGGACCUGUGUAAAUUCUACUAAUUGAAAGCUCUACUUUUGGAAAUCGUUUAUACUUUGGAUUUGGCAUUAUCUCUAAAAGAUGAUAAUGUUUUGAGUACCUGCGUAAGAGGAGGAGAAAACGGCGGUCCGCAAUAUGAUGUUAUGUACGCUAUCUGCAUAGUGCUCAUGCAUAGCUAGCCGGUUAUCGAUUUCUAUGUUAAUGACGACAAUUCCUUUUGGAAAAUUUAUGUGUUGUUUUUGGAUUGAUGUUGGGUUGUGCUAGGAGUGUGGCCUGACUGCCGAGCCCACACCCACCAUCAUGUCCCGACCCCAGGGCCGAAGCCUGCAUGGGUCGCAUCACAAGGAAGAGCAGUAUGUUGGGCCAUAUAAACUUGAGAAAACGCUGGGCAAGGGACAGACAGGUCUGGUUAAACUUGGCGUCCACUGUAUCUCUGGCAAGAGAGUGGCCAUCAAAAUUGUCAACAGGGAAAAGCUGAGUGAGUCGGUUCUGAUGAAGGUGGAAAGGGAAAUUGCAAUAAUGAAGCUGAUAGAACAUCCACAUGUAUUGGGCCUAUAUAACGUGUAUGAAAACAAGAAAUACUUAUAUCUUAUAUUGGAGCAUGUUUCUGGAGGAGAGCUGUUCGACUACCUCGUGAAGAAAGGCCGUCUCACACCAAAAGAGGCACGGCGUUUCUUCAGACAAAUUAUCUCAGCCCUAGACUUUUGCCAUAGCCAUAACAUCUGUCACAGAGACCUGAAGCCGGAGAACCUGCUUUUAGAUGACAAGAACAAUAUACGGGUAGCAGACUUCGGUAUGGCCUCACUUCAGGUGGAGGGCUCCAUGCUAGAGACAAGUUGUGGGUCACCUCAUUAUGCAUGUCCUGAAGUCAUAAGGGGCGAGAAGUAUGAUGGCAGGAAAGCUGACGUUUGGAGCUGUGGUGUUAUACUAUAUGCGUUAUUAGUUGGUGCACUUCCAUUUGAUGAUGACAAUCUUAGGCAGCUUUUAGAAAAGGUUAAAAAAGGCGUGUUUCACAUUCCACAUUUUGUCCCACCUGAUUGUCAAAACUUACUACGGGGAAUGAUCGAGGUGGACCCCCAUAGAAGAUUUACUCUUGAAGAUAUCCACCGCCAUCCAUGGGUCUUGACCGAUAGUCAGGGCCAUUUAGAGUUAGAAUUACCUGUCGCCCAAAUUGUACAGACCUCCAUAAUUCCUACAAUAGCUGACCUUGACCCUGAUGUCCUUUCUACGAUGAACUCACUUCAAUGUUUUAAAGAUAAAGAUAAAUUAGUGGAAGAAUUGCUGAAUUCUAAACAUAAUACAGAAAAGGUUGUGUAUUUUUUGCUAUUAGAUAGAAAAUUACGAAACCCUAGUGUAGAGGAUGAGUUGGAUAUACGAACACGGUCCGAGUCCGCCGAUCCUCCGAGGAAACGAGUGGACGCUGUCCAGCUGAACGGCCAACCAAGGUUAUCCCUUGGAAGUAUUAGUGAAGGGUCGCCAGUAGCAUCUCGUAGAGCCCUGGCUGUUCAACAAGUACGGAAAGCGAGUCUGACAGGCAGUCCAAGUUCCUCACCCAUCCUGAGUCCCCGCCUCCCCGUGAGGGGUACCCCCUCCCACAGUCCUUCAGCCACACCCCCUGGUUCCCCUAGUAUACAGUCUACAGCCUGGAAGUCUCGCUUACACACGAUCAAAAACAGCUUUCUCGGCUCACCACGCUUUCACAGGCGAAAAUUACAAGGUAUUGCCUACACCAAUGGUAUAAUUCUGGAGAUGGAUUACUUGGCAGUGCCUACAGAAGAAAGUACAUUGUCUAUGACUCCUGACUCUUCUCCAGAGAUGACAAAGAAGUCCUGGUUUGGGGCCCUGAUGGGUGCUGAUCGUGAGGAACAUCACUUUAUCAUGGCUCAAGAUAAACAGUUGAGUCAGGUCAAGGCCGACCUCAUACAUGCAUUCCUCUCAACAGCAGACUUAUCUCACAAUGUGGUAUCCACGACAACUUUCCGAGCAGAAUACCGGCGGUCAGGAAGUUCUUCCAUGUUCUCAAGAAACGUCAGAUUUCAGGUGGAUAUCACGCCUGCCACUCACGGCGGUGGACCAUCCGAAUGUAACAUGUUCUGUCUUACUUUCACCUUAAUAUCAGGACCAUCACGGAGAUUCCGACGAGUGAGCGAGCAUCUUCAGAAUCUGAUGUUAGGGCCAAGAGGUGAUGCACUUAAUCAACGUAAAGUCAGUACAGACAGUACGUCGUCAUAUACAUCAGAGACAGGAAUGUCCCCCACCCAUAGCUGUUCAGCCAAGGAAAAUGGGGAUGACCAAGAGGUGUUUGACAGAAGAAUAUCGAAAACCCCAACCCCUACCCGACGGGAAGUUCCACGAGUUAUCACUAAUGGCAAGCGGGUGUUAGUUGACCAUAAUGUACGCAAAGACAAAGUCUGACCAUGAUUUCACUUGAUAGAAUGUACAUACAUUAUGUCUGUGGCCAUACAGAUCCUAGUAUAAUAUGUA